AUAUCUGUAACUAACUUCAUGACUAUAAAAUUCUAACCGUAUAAUCUGAAGGUAGCCAUUAAUGUAGUAGCUGUAAAUAUUAACGCAAGACCAUGCAAGAUCAUAUACCGUAUAUAAAAAAAUAAAAGUGAAAGAAUUGUACAGAUUUAUAGUUAUUAUAUUUUGACUCGAAGGUUGAUUAAUUUUCUAUUAUAUUCUUAAAGACAAUUGACUGCUGUUCGCUAAUAUUCGAUUGUUAUAUAUCUCUGAUAUAUAUUUACACCAAUGUAAUAAUCAGCUAUGAACAUAAUUCAUUGUGCUGCCAGUCACAGUAGGUCCACAAGUAUGGCUGCUAAAAAACUGAUAUAUCCAGCGGCAGAACGUAAUAAGGAUCCUAUUUUAUCAGUUUUACAACGAUACAUACAACGUGGUGCAACUCAGAAGUUUCUGGAGAUAUCCUCGGGUUCGGGACAACACAUUGCUCAUUUCGCUCCUCAUUUUCCACAAAUUACAUUUUAUCCUUCAGAAUAUGAAACACGAUUAUUAGAAAGUAUUGCCGCACAUGCUAAUGGAUUUUCUAAUAUAAAAAACCCUUUAAAAAUAGAUAUUACUACCGAUUAUCAAACCUGGGCAAAUGGUAUUUUUUUGGAAAAAAGUAUAGAUUACAUAUAUAAUGCUAAUAUGAUGCACUGUGCACCAUAUCAAUGCUCAAUCGGUUUAUUUAAAAAUGCUGGCAAAUUAUUAAAAUCUAAUGGUAUUCUAUUUACAUACGGCCCUUAUGCUAUUGAUGGGACUAUCACACCAGAAAGUAAUGUACAAUUUGAUAGAUCUUUAAAAUCAAUGAAUUCUGAUUGGGGCCUCAGAGAAUUGAGAGAAUUAGAAAACUUAGCAGAAGAAAAUAAUGUUAAGCUUGUAGAAAUCUUUAAUAUGCCUUCUAAUAAUAAAGUUAUUAUUUGGAAAAAAAAUUAGAUAUUAUUUGACGAAACAUUAGUUAA